AUGGGCAAGCACAGUAAGAGAGGGAGUGAGAAGAAAGGAGGGAUGGAGAUGGUCAAGCUUAUGCUGCAAAAGCUGCAAAAGGGCUUCUCACCAUCUGCUAGGAGAUUCGAAUGCAACAACUACAGAUCAGAGUUUGAUGAAGAAGAAGUCAGAGACACUACAAUGCUGCCAGUGCCAGCAGAUGUGAAGGAAGGUCAUUUUGCAGUUUUUGCUGUCAAGGGUGCGGAGCAGAAAAGAUUCAUCAUUGAAUUGAGUUACCUGACUAACCCUGAAUUCUUGAGCUUGUUAACUCUGGCAGAAGAAGAAUUCGGGUUCAAACAACAGGGAGCCCUUGUUGUCCCUUGUCGGCCGGAUGAUCUCGACAGGAUUCUAGGAUUCUAG